AUUUUCAAAGCCUGUGUUUAAGAACCUAAAUUGAAUUCGAGAGUUUAUAACACUGUUUGGCAUAACAAAUGGACAUAGCUAUCUUCUCUCCAUCAUCUCUUUUCUUCGAAGAAGAAGAUGACGACACUCACACCAGUGUUGAGGAAAACGCAGAGAACCACGAAACCUAUGUUGAGAGGAAGCAUCAGUUUCCUGGAAUGGAGUUGAUUAUCCGAGAGUUUUCCUUUCAUCAAUUGAAUGCUAAUUUGCUCUGGCCUGGAACAUUUGCAUUUGCAGAAUGGUUAGUUCAACACAAAUCAUGCAUUGAAGGACGGCGUAUCCUUGAGUUGGGGAGCGGUACAGGUGCUUUGGCCAUAUUUCUUCAAAAGUCAUAUAAUAUUGAUAUUACAACUUCAGACUACGAUGAUCAAGAGAUAAUGGAAAACAUAGCUCAUAACUGUAGUGCAAAUGAUUUACCUGUCAUUCCUCAUAUUAAACAUACCUGGGGAGACAAGUUUCCUAAUUCUGACCCUGAUUGGGACCUGAUCAUUGCGAGUGACAUCUUAUUAUAUGUGAAGCAGUACCCGAAUUUGAUACAGACCAUUACAUUUCUUCUCAGAAGUUACAAACCCAGAGAUAAAACUACAGUUUCUCGAACCGAGAAUGAUGACAUCCAUGGAGAUGUAGUGUUGCCUUGGCCAGCUUUUCUGAUGAGCUGGAGACGUAGAAUCGGAAAGGAAGAUGAAUCAAUUUUCUUCGAUGGUUGUGAAAAAGCUGGUCUAGAAGUAAACCAUAUUGGAUCCCGGGUAUAUUGCAUCAGUCUCAUUGAAAAUGAGGAAUCAAACAAAUGCUUGAAGAAAGAAGAUAGUGUUCAAGCUUCCUCAGGAAGAAAAUGAAGUGAAAUUUUACAGUUUCUUCAAUUAAGAGUUUUUUUUAAGGGUCAUAGUUAGCUUCAGUAGUUUAUUUUGCUGCAACUAGUAACUGAUAGCAAUCAUAACAUAACCAUUAUAAAUUUUAUUGAAAAGAGGCAUAUGAUCUAUAACAAAUAUUUUAUGUCGAAUCCUGAAUUUAAAUCCGGAACAAAUAUUUAUUUAUAAGUUAACUGUUAAGUCAAUAAUAAACUAAAAUUUAUUUGUUAUUAA